CAUUGGAGCGCCGUUAUAAUCACGGAGUGCACAUGCGCGAUGAAAACCAUCUUGUAUGUAGAGUGACUAGUCAGUGUGAAACAGCGACUGCUAACGUUCGUGUCAUUCUUGCGGUGCGUCUUCGUCGUGCUACAUACGCCCAAGUUUCAACAAGUUCCAGGAGCGGAUUCGCGCGGUACGCCGGAAAUGCUCGUUUUAAGAUUCAUCCUACCCAUCGGCCUCGUGCACAUAGUACGAAAUUUCGCAGUUGCAGCAACGAUGAGUGGGAAUCAGGAUUACAAAUCGGCUACGUCGAUUUACGACUUUACGGCCAACUCCAUCAAGGGCGAGGAAGUCCCUUUGUCCAAGUACAAAGGCCACGUGUGCGUAAUCGUGAACGUCGCUUCGAAGUGCGGUCUUACAGCGACCAAUUACAAAGAGCUAAACGAACUGUAUGACGAGUACGCCGAAUCCAAAGGACUACGAAUUUUGGCGUUUCCCUGCAACCAGUUCAACGGGCAAGAGCCAGGAAGCAGCGAGGAGAUUUGCAGUUUCGCUGACCGCCAGAAAGUAAAGUUUGAUUUGUUCGAGAAAAUAGAUGUGAACGGCGACAAGACGCAUCCGCUUUGGUCGUAUUUGAAGAAGGAGCAAGGUGGUUUACUGGGUAACUUCAUAAAAUGGAACUUCACCAAGUUUAUCGUGGAUAAAGAAGGCAAGGUCGUCGAACGACACGGUCCUAACGUGGAUCCGCACAAACUAAAGGAUUCUCUUGAAAAAUACUUUUAAGAAGUUUCUGUUCCAUGUCAUUUUUUGAAAAAAGUUAAUGUAGCGUUUUAACGAAAUGGGCUAACGAUAGUGUAAAAUAGUUGUUCAACGUUCACUAAAAGUGUGAAAAUCUUUUCUUUUUCACAGUGAAAUAUAUUUCAAACGGUAUUCGAAUUUUAUAUACGGUAAAAUAUAUUUAAAAUUUCUUUUUUCGAUAUAACACCGCACAAUACAAUUCCGCAACGCCUAAAUAACUUGAAAUUAAUAUUAUAUGUCAGUACGUUUCGUUCUACGUCCAUAAAAUCUGUCGAAAAUAUAUCCGCAAUGAAAGUAAAUCAAGUAUUAUCAGUUUCACAUACACACACAUAUGCAAGCAAUUGUAAUUGUUAUUAAGAUUUCAGCAUUUCUUUCUGUUUUGCAUCUUAUAAUAAUUAAUGUCGAUAAUUAUAACGAUCUGUACUUGCGCAACUACGAUUUAUCUAUUUUUUGCUACGUACACGUAGUAUAUACGUCAUGUUUACGUAAAGGCGCUAAUAUACACAAUUACACUCGAGCCAGAAAUAUCUCAUACAGCACAGGGCUACCUAGUGCGAAUAUAAUGUAGAGAGGAAGAAAAUAAAAGUACAUUUAUCGAA